UAUUUUUAAUUUCUUCUCAAAGUAAAUAGUAAAAUUAUUUAAAUUCAAAGCCCUGGUUCAAUUUUCAAAAGUAAAUAAGUGGUUCUAUUUUCUGUUGCAGUCACUUAUUAUUCGAAUAACUGGUGCUACCCGAAUAUAAAUUAAGUUGUAUCGUGAUAGAAUCAACUACUUAAAAUCUAGGAAGAAUUUCCUCCAGCUCAAUCUCAAUACCUCUGUUAUAAAGAAUGAAAUUGAGGAGAUAGAUGUAGAAAUCUCAAAUCAUAACACUGCAAUCAUGCAAAUAUACUGUCUAUGUGGUUUUCUACCCUUGGAUAUUUACAUGUUAUAAUAAUAAGAAGCUUCUAUCCAUGAAAUUUUACCGAAACUGAAAUUUACACAAUAUUAUUCUGUGAUAAUAGCUAGAUUGAUAUACGCGCGACCUUGAUAUUAACACUGCAUACGCUCACGUGUUUAUGUACCAACGUAUUCCAAGUUCAUUAGCGCUCAGCUCUGAUAUAUAAACACCAGAUUUGACGCUCUCGCCUUAUUUUAUUAGCGUCUGUCGCCCUAAUCAGAUCUGACUCGCUGCAGUAAAUAUUCGGUGUGAACAGUAACGAAAGAAAAGCAAUUUAAAAUGAACGGCGCUGUGCAAUUGUGCAUCAGUGCAAGCUAUCCAAAUUUUCAACAAAUCGUACAACAAGAAUAUCAUCAGAUUACACGCAACCAAGAAAUCGGCACAUCUGGGUUUUUUGAAAACAGAGACGAACACAAAAGCCACAAUCUCUACUACGUCGAUGGAUUUCAAGAUGAGAAGAAAUUCUUAUGCACUGGACAUCCAACAGGAAAUUCAGUAGAAGACUUUUUCAAGACCUUGUGGAAGGAACACAUUCAUAUCAUCGUAUCGCUAUCGAGACCAACGUUAAACAAUGCCAACCAGUGUUACCAGUACUGGUCAAAAGAACAAAACGGCGUUCUUCAAGCUGGGCAGUACCAAAUGAAAACCGUGAAAAUAAAGAAAAUUAAUAAUUUCGUGGUAACUGAGUUACAUCUGAAGCAUGGAAAUGGACCUUCACUUCAACUCUGCCACUUUUUAUACAGUGACUGGACUGUGAGUGACGUUCCUUGUGAUGUGACUAAGUUCUUUCAAUUCAUUCUGAAAGUGAACCAUCUAAGUGAAAUGGCCAAACGAGCACUCAAACUUCAUCAAGUUUCUAUGAGUCCUAUUGUUGUACAUAGCACCCAUGGAAGUAGUAAAAUCGGCACGAUUUGUGCGUCAGAUUUCGCUAUCUAUCAAAUAAACCGUAUGGCAUGGAUGUCGCUACCGAAUAUUGUGACAGACAUUCGACGCCAGUUACGUUCCCAAGUUAUGUCGCCUGAACAAUACUAUUUCUGUACUAUAUAGUUCUAUACUCUUUGUCUCUUAUUAGGUUCAAUACCGCUAUCACAGGGAAAAAUACAUCAUAAUAUUACUGUUGUAGCAUAUGUGAUAACAUAGAAUUUUAAGUACUAUCGUAAUGUUGUGUGUAAACUAGCUGUAACACAGAUAAGAUACUCAUAAAUCUCAUUAUAUUUGUAACUAGGUUUAGUUUUCAUAAUAAAUGUUUACUGAAGUCUAGUCAUUUCAUUUCCUUAAUCUAGGACAUUCCUAAGUUCAAUAGGCCAAACUUCACUGUGCUACUUACACAUAACAACGCAAUAAACAAGUUGAAAACAAUACCUACAUAUACCCCGCGGCCGUUCACCCGUUCUAACAUUGCUG